AUGACAGUUACACCUCAAGAAUCGCGAUUUAAAACCGACGACGGUUUACAACUCUAUGUCAAAAAAUGGCUUGUGCCUGAAGGCACUCCAUUGAGAGCCAAGAUCCUGUUCAAUCAUGGAUUUUCUGAGCAUAUGGAUGCUUAUGACCAUUUCUUCCCUGAUUUCGCUGCUCGUGGUUAUGAAAUCAUUGGUUACGAUCAACGUGGUGCUGGUCACACUUCUCCAUUAAAGAAAGAUUUCGGUAACACCAAUGAGUACUAUGUGUUUAAUGAUCUCGAGGAAUUAUUAGAAUCAGAGACCAAGGGUUACAAUGGUAAAUUUUUCAUGUGGGGUCACUCUAUGGGUGGUGCUAUUACCUUGAAUUAUGCUAUCAAGGGUAAGCAAAGAGAGAGAAUCGAUGCUUAUAUCGCCAAUUCUCCUUUAGUUGAAGUCCAUCCCAAGUCUCAAGGAAACCCAGUUCUUGUUGCAAUUGCUCCAUUCAUUGCCAAGAUCUACCCUAGUUACAAGUCGAAGGUGCAUCUCAAUUUCAACUAUUUGACUGAUGAUAAGGCUCGUGUUGAUGAGUACAGAAAAGACCCUCUUCGUCUGGGUUACACCACUGCUGAACAAGCUACUGGCUUCUUAAACAGAGGCAAACGUUUGCUUAACUCUGUUUUCGUUGAGAAGUUUGUCGACAAACCAGUUCUCGUGAGUCAUGGCACUGCCGACUAUGUCAACAACUACGAGUCCACUGCCAAGUUCUUUUCAUUACUUAAGGUAUCUGACAAAGAGUUCAAGACUUAUGAAGGCUGGCCUCACGAGCUGACGAACGUUACACAACCUAAGAGAGAACAACACAGAGACGAUGUUCUUGCCUGGCUCGACAAGCACACUGAGUCGGUUGCUGGAGAGUCAUCGGCUGCUGCUACCACUACUGCUACUGCUGAUGCUGCUGCUGCUACUGAAGCCACUACUGCUGCUGCUGCUGCUAGUGAGACAUUGCCUGCAGUGCCUGAAACAGAGCCAGAGGCUGCUUCUGAGGCUACAAAGGAGGAGGCCGUCAAGUCUGUUGAGGAGCCUGUUACCGAAACCAAUACUGAGGAGCCAACUGCCGCUGUUGAAGAGCCUGUUUCAGCUUCUAAAGAGGUGAUCGAGGAGCCAGCUGCUGUCAAAGAAGAGGUUGUAGAGGAGCCAGCCCCUGUUAAGGAGGAGGCCGUUGAAGAAACCAAGGAAGAGGUCGCCCCAGAAGCUAAAGAGGAGGCUGUUGAGGAGCCAGUUACCAAGGAAGUCGAGACUCCUGUCGAGACUGCAGCUGUUGUUGAGCCUGCUGCCGAAGAGAAGAGUGAGGAUCCAUUAAAAGAGGCCGUUGCUGACGCCACUGAGGAGACCAAUGAACCCACUCCUGCUGCUGAGCCCGAGGCUCCUGCUGCUGCUCAGCCCGAGGAGACUGUCGAAUCUGUUCCCACCGAAGCCGUUAAAGAGCCCGAGGCUCCUACUGAAGCCGCCGUCGAGGAACCUGUUACUGCUAACGAACCCGCUGAGACUGCUGCUACCACCGAAACCACUGAAGGCGCUACUGAGAGCACCGACAAGCCCGACACCAACUCGGAAGAGCAAGAGUCCAGAGAAUCCUCACCCACUCCAGCCGCUACCAGCGCUCCCAAGAAAAAGAGCAACAACAAAAACAAAAAGAAGAAGAAGGGCAAGAAAUAA